AUGACAGCCCCAGGCAGCCCUAUGGGUGGGAGUGGGAAUUCCCCCAUGCUCCAUGUGGGACAUGUGGCUGCUCCAGCAUCAGGGUUUUUAAGUACUGGGGACCAAGCUGCAAAAGGCAAUUAUGGAUUGCUUGACCAAAUCCAAGCUUUACGUUGGAUUGAAGAAAAUAUUGGAUCUUUUGGAGGAGACCCAAAAAGAGUUACUAUUUUUGGAUCUGGAGCAGGAGCUUCCUGUGUCAGUCUCCUGACACUCUCUCACUAUUCAGAAGGUUUAUUCCAAAAGGCAAUCAUACAGAGUGGAACAGCCCUGUCCAGCUGGGCAGUGAACUAUCAGCCUGCCAAGUACACUCGGAUAUUGGCAGAUAAAGUGGGCUGCGACAUGCUGGAUACCACUGAUUUGGUUGAAUGUCUUCGGAAUAAGAAUUACAAAGAACUCAUUCAACAGACCAUCACUCCAGCCACGUACCACAUUGCCUUUGGGCCUGUGAUAGAUGGAGACGUGAUUCCAGAUGACCCUCAGAUACUCAUGGAGCAAGGGGAAUUCCUUAACUAUGAUAUAAUGUUGGGCGUGAAUCAAGGGGAAGGUCUAAAAUUUGUGGAUGGCAUUGUAGACAAUGAAGAUGGUGUUUCCCCCAAUGACUUUGACUUUUCUGUCUCCAAUUUUGUGGACAAUCUGUAUGGUUAUCCAGAAGGGAAAGAUACACUGCGAGAGACCAUUAAAUUCAUGUACACCGACUGGGCAGACAAAGAAAAUCCUGAAACAAGACGGAAGACUCUGGUUGCUCUUUUUACAGACCACCAGUGGGUUGCUCCAGCUGUUGCUACUGCUGACCUUCAUGCCCAGUAUGGAUCUCCAACAUAUUUCUAUGCAUUUUACCACCAUUGCCAAAGUGAAAUGAAACCCAGCUGGGCUGAUUCAGCUCAUGGCGAUGAAGUCCCUUAUGUGUUUGGGAUUCCUAUGAUUGGCCCCACAGAACUGUUCAACUGCAACUUUUCCAAGAAUGAUGUCAUGCUCAGUGCAGUGGUUAUGACAUACUGGACAAACUUCGCCAAAACUGGAGAUCCAAACCAGCCUGUUCCUCAGGACACAAAGUUCAUCCACACAAAACCCAACCGCUUUGAAGAAGUGGCUUGGUCUAAAUACAAUCCUAAAGAUCAGCUUUACCUGCAUAUUGGCCUGAAACCCCGAGUUCGUGAUCACUACCGAGCAACAAAAGUUGCGUUCUGGUUGGAGCUCGUACCACAUCUUCACAACCUGAAUGAAAUAUUUCAGUAUGUUUCCACAACAACUAAAGUACCCCCUCCUGACAUGACAUCAUUUCCUUAUGUGACGCGACGUUCUCCUGGUAAAUUGUGGCCGGCCACCAAACGCCCAGCAAUGACACCUGCCAACAAUCCCAAGCAUUCAAAAGACACCCAUAAAACAGCUCCAGAGGAUACAACAGUUCUGAUAGAAAACAAGCGAGAUUACUCCACAGAGCUGAGUGUCACUAUUGCUGUGGGGGCAUCCUUGCUGUUCCUCAAUAUUUUAGCUUUUGCUGCAUUAUAUUACAAGAAGGACAAGCGGCGUCAUGAGACUCACAGGCGCCCUAGCCCCCAGAGGAACACAACUAAUGAUAUAGCACACAUACAAAAUGAAGAGAUUAUGUCGUUGCAGAUGAAACAGCUAGAACAUGACCACGAAUGUGAAUCGCUGCAGGCCCAUGACACACUGAGACUAACCUGUCCGCCUGACUACACGCUGACUUUGAGAAGGUCCCCAGAUGACAUCCCGUUAAUGACACCCAACACCAUAACCAUGAUUCCAAAUACAUUAACAGGAAUGCAGCCUUUGCAUACUUUCAACACCUUUAGUGGAGGACAAAACAGUACAAAUUUGCCCCAUGGACAUUCAACCACUAGGGUAUAGCUCAGCUCUUCCCCUCUACCCUUACAAGCCACUUGGAAGAAA